AUGGCUGACGGCAAAACUCCUGUGGUCGCUGAGGCCCAUCAGGUGGACACUUUCCACCCUCCGCAAAAGAUGCUUGACAAGCAUCCUAGCAAGCCCCAUAUCGGUAGUGUGGAGGAGUACCAACAGAUGUACAAGGAGUCCAUCACGGAACCUGACAAGUUUUGGGGCCGAAUGGGCAGAGACCUUCUGAGCUGGCAGCGCGACUUCGAUACUGUCCGUGUCGGAUCCUUGCAAAACGGUGACAGUGCUUGGUUCGUUGAGGGCCAGCUCAAUGCCUCUUAUAACUGCGUCGAUCGUCAUGCUAUUAAGAACCCUAACAAAGUGGCAAUCAUAUACGAGGCCGAUGAGCCCAACGAGGGACGCAACUUGACGUAUGGUGAACUUCUGCGCGAAGUAAGCAAGACGGCCUGGACUUUGAAGAAGAUGGGGGUCCAAAAGGGGGAUACCGUUGCUGUCUACCUCCCCAUGAUCCCCGAGGCUAUCGUGACCCUGCUCGCUAUUGUCCGUAUCGGCGCAGUUCACUCGGUUGUUUUCGCUGGCUUCUCGGCUGACUCGCUGCGUGACCGUGUCAUCGAUGGCCGCUCCAAGGUUGUCGUCACUACUGAUGAGGGCAAGCGAGGCGGGAAAUUGAUUGGCACCAAGAAGAUCGUCGACGAGGCCCUCAGACAGUGCCCGGACGUUGCACAUGUGCUUGUCUACAAGCGAACGGGUGCCGACAUUCCCUGGACGGCUGGUCGAGAUUACUGGUGGCACGAGGAGGUCGAAAAGUGGCCGUCCUACAUUGCCCCUGAGAUUAUGAACGCGGAAGAUCCCCUGUUCCUGCUCUACACGUCUGGUUCAACUGGAAAGCCGAAGGGAGUCAUGCACACAACUGCCGGUUACCUCCUUGGCGCUGCCAUGACGGGCAAAUACGUCUUCGAUAUACACGACGACGACCGCUACUUCUGCGGUGGUGAUGUGGGUUGGAUUACUGGCCAUACCUAUGUCGUCUAUGCGCCCCUUCUUCUCGGUGUCUCCACAGUGGUAUUCGAGGGAACACCAGCAUAUCCCAACUUCUCCCGAUAUUGGGACAUCAUCGACCAGCAAAAGAUCACUCAUUUCUACGUGGCGCCCACGGCCUUGCGAUUGCUCAAGCGUGCCGGUGACGACUUUGUCAAGACCAAGAUGUCGCACCUGAGAGUCCUGGGAUCCGUGGGUGAGCCCAUCGCCGCUGAAGUAUGGAAGUGGUACUUCGAAGUUGUCGGCAGGGAGGAGGCUCAUGUGGUGGAUACCUACUGGCAAACCGAGACGGGCUCCAAUGUCAUUACACCCCUUGCCGGCGUCACACCAACAAAGCCGGGAAGUGCGUCGCUGCCAUUCUUCGGCAUCGAGCCGGCGAUUAUUGAUCCAGUUUCUGGUGAUGAAAUCCACGGCAACGACGUCGAGGGCGUGCUAGCCUUCAAACAACCAUGGCCCAGUAUGGCUCGAACCGUUUAUGGUGCACACAAGAGAUAUAUGGAGACUUACUUCAACGUGUACAAGGGCUACUACUUCACUGGGGAUGGUGCCGGCCGUGACCACGAGGGCUUCUACUGGAUCCGGGGCCGAGUUGACGACGUAGUGAACGUCAGCGGCCACCGUUUAUCAACAGCCGAAAUCGAGGCCGCUCUGAUUGAGCAUCACGCUGUUGCGGAGGCGGCGGUGGUCGGAGUAAGUGACGAGUUGACUGGCCAAGCUGUAAACGCUUUCGUGGCCAUCAAGGAUGGCAACGAUGUCAAUGAUGCGCUACGCAAGGACUUGAUCCUGCAAGUAAGGAAGAGCAUCGGGCCAUUUGCUGCCCCGAAGGCGGUGUACAUUGUCCCGGAUCUGCCCAAGACCCGAAGUGGCAAGAUUAUGCGCCGCAUCUUGAGAAAGAUUCUAGCAGGUGAGGAGGACCAGCUUGGCGAUGUGACGACGCUCUCGGAUCCAACGGUUGUAGAGAAGAUAAAUCGUGUUGUUCAUGACGCACGCAAAAAGUAA